GUUAUGAACUACCUCCUCCUCUAUCCACGUCAAUGUUUUCAGAAAAAAAGGGCUGAUUUGAAGGGACAAGCUAGGACUGCUACAGGAGACGCCCACAGUAGGCGAAUGCACUAUUGCGCACAGUGGAUAGGCUUGGACAUCCAAGGGCACUUGAACGGAAGUUUCCUUGUGUCAACGCACAAACAACAGUUUCAUGGGAAGGACAAUACUUUUCUUUAUGUGGUGGUUACAACAUUAACAACAACAUUGGAAAAUGGUUCUACAAAGGAUAUUCCGGGCGGUUAUCGUGGGACCUCCGGGCUCGGGGAAAGGCACUGUGUCGGGGCGCAUAGUAAAACGUUUCGGAUUAAUGCACCUUUCAAGUGGGGACCUUUUGAGGGCCAACAUGAAAGCCAAGACAGAGCUGGGUCUUCUGAUGAAGUCAUGCAUCGACCAGGGUCAGCUGGUACCUGAUGAUGUCAUCUCCCGUCUCAUCCUGACAGAGAUGAGGAACAUAGACCAGAGCAGCUGGCUGCUGGAUGGGUUCCCCCGUACCGUGUCUCAGGCAGAGUCUCUGGACAACGUGUGCAGUGUGGACACAGUCAUCAACCUGGACGUGCCUUACCAGACUAUCAAACAGAGACUGACCUCUCGCUGGCUCCAUCUGCCCAGUGGACGUGUCUACAACAUAGACUUCAACCCACCCAAGAUCGCUGGCCUUGAUGACGUCACCAGAGAGCCUCUGAUUCAGAGAGACGAUGACACACCAGAGACCGUCACCAGGAGGCUAAAGGCAUACGAGAACCAGACACAACCUGUGCUGGAGUACUACAGGAGUAAAGGGGUGUUGGAGACAUUCUCAGGAACGGAAACCAACGAGAUUUGGCCUCACAUUCAGGCCUUCCUGUCCAAAAAACUCUCCCCACAAAAUUAAAAGGUUGUUGGGAAAGCAUAGAAUACACUCCUGGGAAAAGGAUGGAUCAGUUUACCACAACUUAAAUGGGACUCAAGUCUUUGUUCCAAAACGUAACAGCAUCUCAGUGCCUAUACAAGACCAUGUCAUUUACUACUACAACAUAGGUUGAUGAGUACCACUCAUUCAACUAAUGUCACAUUCUAUUUCUUUUCAUUCCAUAUGUAGCCUGGUCCAAGAUCUGUUUGCGCUCUGGCCAACUUCUAUAGUCAUGCCAAACAAUGACCAUAGAAGUUGGCAGGGCAGCACAAACAGAUCUAAGACCAGACCAGGCUAUUCCACAUGUAUUGUAGCUUGUUGCCAGGUGAUGUGGUUUUGUGUCCAAUUCAUACCAGUCCUUGGUCUGUCUGUGGACAGGACAACUAUAAUGGGUUAAAGGGAAAAGUGCCAUUAUAUUAUGUGAAGUUGUCAUUAAUCAAUCUUUAGGGCCAAGUGCCUUUUGUUGACAUGACAAUAUAUCAUGUCGCUUUUAAAUGAUAAAAUGUGAAUCACCAUGCAAUUAAUUACUGAUAAAAAAAGACUUAAUGCCUAUGACUGACCACACUGAUUGUAGUGAAACAUGUGUAACCAGAAAUGCAGUAGUUUAGAAUAGCUGUCAUUUUAAAUUGUUAGUCUGGUUAAACCAGACUGAAUGCUGCACUCCCGUGAAGUGAAACAUCAAUUAUAUUUGAAUGCCAGGCUAAUAAGAGACAUUUUAUCAAAAAAGCUAUAAUUAGCUGAUGCCUAGUUUUAAUUACGAUGUGUGUAUUUGCUCUGACUGUGGCCUUGCCUUGGGAGUAUAUAUUUGUAAUCUGAUUAAUCUAUACUGAAAAUGUAUGCUGAAUGUCUUACCAGCUAAUUAUAGGUAGUAUUUUUGUAGCACAUUAUCUGUACUUCAAUGAUCAGUGAAAGGAAUAAUUACAUUAAAUGUGUAUAAUAUACUUUUAUGAACCUUCAACCUUUACUUCAUAACAAGUGUAUUAUAGUCUCACUUGCUGGAAGAGACUGUAUUCAGACAAACUGUUAAAAAAUAAAUACUGUAACAAUAAAGAAAAAAAAAAUAGUGAAAAGCAA